CAAUGUUGGUCUAACAGCAAUAAAGAUAAAUGCCAAUUACACCCAUUCCAAGUAAUGCAAGAAAAGUUAUUGAAAACUUCAGUUAUGCACUUACAGAUGCAAUUGGAAAGGGUUUCAGUUCUGUUGUGUAUAGAGGUAGAAAUGAUGAAACAAAUGAAAUUGUUGCAAUUAAAGUUAUUGAUAAAAAAGGACUCAAAACACCAUUACAUUAUUAAUUAUUGAAAUCAGAAGUAGAAGCAUUAUCAUAAUUAAACUCAAAUAAUAUAAUGAGAUUAUACAAAGUAUAUUAUACAGAAAAUAAUACUUAUCUAAUAACAGAGUAUUGUGACUCUGGUGAUUUGGGUUCAUUAUUAACUAAAUAAGGAGCAUAAAAAGAACCAUAGUUAUAAAAAUUGUUUUAAGGAAUAAUAUAGGGAUAUAAAUAGAUGAAAUAAAAGGGUAAAUUUUAUAUUAUACAUUCUAGGAAUUGUACAUAGAGAUCUAAAACCAGCCAAUAUUCUAUUAAAAGGAUAAAUACCUAAAAUAGCAGAUUUUGGAUUUGCUACUACUCCUUAGACUGUUACUACAAUGCCCAAUGUUAAUGUAGGAUCACCAUUGUAUAUGAGUCCUUAAGCAUUUAAAAAUAGAUAUUCUGAAAAAUCUGAUAUAUGGGCAUUAGGUGUUAGUUUAUUUGAAUUAUUAUUUGGUUAAGUUCCAUGGUAAGCUGGAACUGAAAGAGAAUUAGCUUAGAAGAUGGCUAUUGUACCUGUUAAUUUUCCAGGACAUAUUUCAGAUGAAUGUAGAGAUUUUAUUUAGAGAUGUUUAAUAGUAGAUGAGAAUAGAAGAGCAACAGUUGAAGAAUUAGAAAGACAUAUAUGGUUAUAAAGAUAAGAAUUAUAAGUAAUUAAAGGGAAUGGAUUCUCUAGUAUUUCUAGAGGUAGUCAUGGUGGUUAAGCAAAUCAUCUUUAAUUUCAUGGUGUUUAAAGUAAUGGUUGUAUAAAUACUACAUCUCCUUUAAUGGAUAAUCAUAAUAAAUAAUAGAUGUUAAUAUAACAAAGAGAAAGCAAUUAUGGAAAAGAAAAUAAUACAUCUUCAAUAGCUAGAUAAUAGUAAAAUUCAAUAUAAUAAUAACCACUUAAAUCAAUAAAAAGAGUUUAAGAAUCAAGGAAGGAAUCAUAAGUGAAUUAAUCUAUGAAUCAAGAAUAUUCUAGUUAGAGAGAGGAGGAAUGGAAUGAUAAUAAAAAGAAUGAUUAUAUAAUUGUUGCUUAAAUGAACUUUUGCAGAUAUUUAUAUAGAGUAGCAGCAUUAAUUGAUAAAUAUAGAUUUGUUACAACUCCAUAUUUGAGAGAAAAAUUAUUAUUUUUAGUUAACAAGAAUAUAAUGAUUAAAAUGAAUAAUCUCUAAGAAUUAGUUGAUGGUCACAAUACUCUUAAUUUAGAUAAAUUUUAAGAUUAUAUAUAGAAUUGUUAAUUUAAUAAAUUGAGUGCAGCUAUUAAUUAGUAUAAUCAAAAAUAUACUUUAUAAUUUAAUACUGUUUGGUUAUCUUUAUAGAAUCCAGAAUAAAAAUAAUUAUUAAUUGUUGAUAAAAAGUUUGAUGCUGUUUUUGAUGAUAAUUUUACUGAAUAUGAAUCUUUUUAUAUAAUUCUCAAUUCCAUUCUCAGAAGUGCAAUAAAAGAGAUUGAAUAUUAACUCGAAUAGAAGAUUACAUUUCAAGAUACUCAAUAAUUAUUACCAAUAGAUAUUGAAGGUGGUGUAAUAUUAUUAGAUUAUUUGAUAACAUACUUUUAAUUAGCAUCACUCAUUCAAGAAUGUUUCGAAGAUCAUUAUGGAUUUGCUGUAGAUUCUAAAAUUGAAUAAAUUGCUGAUGGUAAACCUGUACGUUUAACUUAUGGACAUUAUAUCGAAAUCAGAAAUAAAAUAAAAUAACUUGAUAUUUGA